UGUUGACGAGUGCAGUAACGGGACUCAUGCCUGUGAUCACAACUGUCACAAUACACGUGGUAGCUACACGUGUUCAUGUAGAAAUGGGUAUGGACUGGCGUCCGAUGGUCAUGGGUGUAUUGGUUCACACUUUGAGGCGGUAAUUGAUGCAGCAGCGCCAUUAGAUCAGGGUACAGCAGUCACAAUAGGUCUUAUCAUAGGCAUGACAUUUGCCGUCAUUUGGGCCGUCGUCCUCGCCGCUAUCUCGGUUUUCUUUGUAUGUCGACGCUAUAGGAACAGGGACAGAAGACCAGCGACAGAACGCUCCUCGGCACCAGCUGUUACCCAGACGCAGGAUUACGACAAUGUUGCCUAUGAAAACGCCGAAGUCCUGACAGCAUCAAAACACAGAACGGAGAUGAAUAGUGAUGGGAGGCAACAUACGGGGCCUUGGACAGUGCAAACCGGUACUACAAAUGCCUCGAACCCAGACCAGCCGUAUGAAAGCAUUAUGGUAAAGGAGAGCGAGGAUCAGAGUGUGUACACGAAGUUAAUCUUCGGAGGAUUGGUGCCGACACCUAUCGGUGAAUAUGAACAUUUGUCAGCCUACCAGCGCAGAGGCCAGCAAAACGACAAUGAAUUCUCGGCUUAGAAAUGGUAGUGAGGUCGGGUCAGUAGAAUAAAGCAACAGAGGAGAUUUGGGAAUUAUUCUGGCCAUAUAAUCUGACAAACUAGAGCGCUCUUGAGUAGUUUCUCUCUCUCUCUCUCUCUCACACACACACACACACGCACAAACAGCUUACGCAUGGAGAAUAUUAUAUCUUGUAUCAUCUUACAUGUUCAAAUGGUGUACAUGGAUGUAUGCUCUAGAAGGAAAUCGCGUGCGGAAAGAGAAUAUGUCAAGUAUUUAAGUUGUUUGCUUUCAGUAAUAUAAUGAUAAUAAAAAAAUUCCGAAUUUCAGCUUUACAUUCUUUAAGGCAAGCGUUUAAUAGUUUUUAUCUUUUGAAAAUAUAUAUUAAUUUAUAGAUUUUCGACUCUUCUUUAAAUUAUUGCUACAUACCCCCUCCUAAACAAUGCAAAUACUACACGUUCCAAUAUGGUCCGAUUAUUGUGAGGGGGAUACUUUACAGUUUAUAGAAGGCCUAUGAUUCAAGGAGUGUGCAUGUACAGGUAUGUAAAAUAUCACUCCUUAUCACAUGCCUACUAUAACGUGUAUGGUAUUCAAUAUGCGUUAGACUAGUACUUUUAUGUAGCAUAAAAUCAAUUUUAUUAAAAAAUAUUCAUCGGGAUUUCCUUCAUCACCUAGGCAAACUGUAUUUUUGUGCACGUGUGACUGUUGAGAAAUUACCGCCAAUAAAUUCGUUUUCCAGUUCAUAUAAUUCGAGUUUCGCCGUCAUAAUUGAAAUUCAUAUGUCUGUAUCCCGACAGUAAUUAUUUUGUGCUACAUAAAUGUAUACUGUUCAACUUGUAGCUGUGUGCAAAAAUGACAAUUUCUUCACUUUUUUGUGAUGUCUAUGCUUCCAUCAGAGACAUGGCUAUACAAUGUUUCCCUUUUAUGUGAUACUUGUGCACAAGGUCAACUACUGUGGAUGCUUUACUCGCAGUUUGUAACAUCAUAGAACGACACCGUUUGUGACUUUUUAAAUUAAUAUAUGAAAAGAAAUUAAUUAAUGCACUUAU